GGGGGUCGGUGCGGAUAUUCAGUCAUGAAGUCGGGGUAGGGACUUCUCCCGCAGCGACGCGCCCCGCGAGCCUGCUUGUGUUCUGGGGGCCGGGCUUCCAGGUGAUUUUUACGAGAUGCUGCUCUCCAUAGGGAUGCUCAUGUUGUCGGCCACACAAGUUUACACCAUCUUGACUGUCCAGCUCUUUGCAUUCUUAAACCUACUGCCUGUGGAAGCAGACAUUUUAGCAUAUAAUUUUGAAAAUGCGUCUCAGACAUUUGAUGACCUUCCAGCAAGAUUUGGUUAUAGACUUCCAGCUGAAGGUUUAAAGAGGAAGAAGAUACAGGAGGUGAAGAUCAUGGGAUGCCGAUUUGUCCUUGACCAUAUCAUUCUUAAAAUCCAGAACAAAGGUGCCAUUCUCUUUGAAUACUGAAGAAAUUUCUGUAGCUAGGAUCUGGCCAUUCCCAUCAGUAAUUUUAAGUUCUGACUUCUUUAAUCAGAUUGUUAACCCAAUUGUAUACAACUUUAGUUAACCGGAGUGUGUUCAACUAUAAACUAAGUUAUUAAUGAAGACAAAUUGCAAAUGGCAAAUGCUGUGGGUUUUUUGAUUAACUCAAAACCAGAGAAUGCCUGUGAACCCAUAGUGCCUCCACCACUAAAAGACAAUUCA